AUGAGUGCAGCCCUGCAGCUGGCAGCGUUUGGUCUUGCCCUUGUCUCAACCCUCUUCCUGCUCCUUGCCACGUGCACGGACUGCUGGAUGGUGAACGCUGAUGACAGCUUGGAGGUAAGUCACAAAUGCCGGGGGCUUUGGAGGGAGUGUGUGACCAACAUGCAGGAUGGGGUCAGGACCUGUGACCAGUAUGACUCCAUUUUGGCUGACCACCCAGUGAAGAUCGUGGUGACACGGACCCUGCUGAUCACUGCUGACCUCCUGGCUGGCCUCGCCUUGGCCACGCUGCUCCUUGGGCUCGACUGCAUCAAGUUCCUGAAGGAAGAUCCUGGUGUCAAGCUGAAGAUGUGCUACGGGGCUGGUGCCACCCUUGGCGUUGGGAGCAUCCUGGGUCUUGUGGGCUCCGUGUGGUAUGCAGUGGAUGUCUACCUGGAGAGGGCCAUGCUGGUGUCACACCACAUAUUCCUGGGGGUCCACUACGACUUCGGGUGGUCGUGCUGGCUGGGGAUGGCCGGCUCAACGGGCUGCUCUGUGGCCUCCAUCCUGCUGACCUGCUGCCUCUACGCCUGCACAG